GUUUUUAACAUGGCUAUAUUCGUCACACGUUGAAAGUUCAUCAAAAUAACUCGAUGAAUGUUGAGUGAAAGUACUUUUAUUGUUGGAUAACUUUUUACUAGCUUAUAACGUGCUAGUUACUUUGAGAUACCUUGCGAAAGGCAAUUUCUACAGUCGGGGAUCUACAUGGGAUCAGCACGAGUUCGUGUCGAGAUUGAUUUCUGUGGUGGUGGCAGCGCUUGAAAAAAAAUUGGACACAAUCCAUUUUCCAAUGACAGCUGAAGACUUCAGAAGAGUCAAAACUGGGUUUUUUAGGCUGGGAAAAAAUCCAAAUGUUAUUGGUGCUGUUGAUGGAACCUUAAUACCCAUAAUUGCACCAAGUGAGGCGGAGGAGGUGUAUGUAUGCCGGAAGGGCUACCAUGCUAUAAAUGUUCAAGCGGUCCUGGACCAUGAAAUGAGAUUCACUGAUGUUGUUGCCCAAUGGCCAGGUUCAGUUCAUGACAGCACAAUCAUGGAAAACUGUGCCUUGAAGCAGUGGCUGACAUCUACUUACAACAACUGGCUGUUGGGCGACAGUGGUUAUGGUUUAAAACCGUAUCUACUAACACCAAUUGGUACACCAAGUACACCAUCAGAGGUUCUUUACAACAAUGCCCAUGUUAAAACCAGACUAGUGGUGGAGAGGGCAUUUGGGAUAUUGAAAUCCAGGUUUAGAUGUUUACACAAAAGUGGAGGAUGCCUCUUAGUUAAGCCCUCAAAAGCUGCACAAAUUGUUAGUGUAUGUAUGAGAUUACAUAAUCUGUGCAAGGAAAUGAAUGUUCCAACCCCAAUUAUCUUGGAGGAGGACGACCAUGACGAACAUGUGUUUGAUGGGCCACUUAAUGGCAAUGGCGUGCAAAAGCGGCAAAGUGUAGUCAAUUUAUUAUAA